CACCCCGCGGACAACUGCUGCAAACUCCAGGCAGGAUAGGCAACGAGUCAUGCGACUAAGCUUGAAAGUCUAGGCCUCGACUGCGACUGCGGCAUUUUUGUUUCAACAGUCGCAUAAUGUUGUACAAUGGCGUUGCAAUUAGGUACGCAGAAUCUGCCGCUGUCGGCUCAGAACAUCGUCCCAUCUUUGAAGUGCAUGGUGAGGCAGUUGUUUAACAAGACCGACCCUCAGUUGCGGGUAAUUAUUGCUCGGCGUCGCGCACAAUGUGGGGGACAUUUCGUUCCGAGAUAGCUACGGUGAAGGUCCUCCAUGCCAAACAAUCUAGCAUCUAUUUCUAUUCGUGGAAUCUUUUAUCUCGUUUCCUACUAUCAGAUGUGUACUAUCGCAGUGCCUGACCCUUCUUAUUACCCCAAGGCGCUAUUGUCUAUAUUAGACGCAGGAUCCAUUGUCUUUGAAUCUUUGAAGUUGAAGGGAUCUUUGAAGCUAGGCAGACGAACGGUGAGCCCCUUCUUAUCCUGCGACAUGGCACAGUCCGCAAGUAAAGUGUUCAAGCUUUUUGGAGUCCACGUCAGAUAUGCAGAUACCACCACCCGGGAGGGUCUCGCUCUGUCUAUGCGAAUCUGGAAAUCUUGUGCGCAGCCGCGCUCUGCAAUCCUGGUAGGUGCACGCGGCUCUCCCAUUGAAACGUUUCUCUGGAGCAUUGUCGGAAGACAGAUGGGACGCGGCCGUGAUGAGGUGGUGGCUGCGUCGAGUAGUAGGCAGACUGUCCCGCAAAGAGUUUCAGGUUAGGUGGCUGGCUAGAACCGGAGAAUCUUAGCCGAACACUAUGGGACGAGUGGCUGCCCCUACCCCGCUUCGGAGUGUCCGCCAUCCUGCAAACAGAGUAGAGUAGUCGCAG